GAGACACGUGUGGGUCAAAGGACUCUGCUAAGAGACACUUAUGGACUCGGGCACAUGUCACACAUGUGCACCCACAUGUAGAAUACAGAUAGGGACCACACAUCUCAAAGAACCUCCAGUGAUAGGUUGGUGUUUGGGAUGUUGUACCCUGCUUAUUAUUCUUACAAAGCUGUGAAGACAAAAAAUGUGAAGGAAUAUGUUCGAUGGAUGAUGUACUGGAUUGUGUUUGCUCUUUAUACAGUUACUGAAACAGUAGCAGACCUAAUGAUCUCUUGGUUUCCAUUGUAUUAUGAGUUGAAGAUCGCUUUUGUUAUUUGGCUGCUCUCUCCAUAUACUAGAGGGGCAAGUUUAAUGUAUAGGAAGUUUCUCCAUCCUCUUCUUUCUUCAAAGGAACGGGAGAUCGAUGAGUAUAUUGUACAAGCCAAAGAACGAGGUUAUGAAACUAUGGUGAAUUUUGGGAGACAGGGUUUAAAUUUGGCAGCUACUGCUGCAGUAACUGCUGCUGCAAAGGGUCAAGGUGCAAUAACUGAACGGUUGAGAAGUUUCAGUAUGCAUGACUUAACAGCUAUUCAAGGAGAUGAGCCAGUGGGACAAAGACCCUAUCAGACUUUACCUGAAACCAAAAAGAAAACCAAGAGUUCUGUCAGUGAGUCUCUGGGUUACAGAAUUCCAUUGAAAAAAGAUUCUGGAGAUGAUAAAACGGAUGAGGAAAUGGAGGGGACUCAUUCAGAAGAUGAGAUGUUUGCUCAGAGGGGUCUCCGACGAUCACAAAGCAUGAAAUCUGUGAAAAGUAUUAAAGGCCGUAAAGAGAUACGAUAUGGCUCAUUAAAAUAUAAAGUAAAGAAGAGGCCUGCAGUGUAUUUUUAAGUGUACUACACUUUAAAGACAAACUGCUGUACUACAGUAACUUUACUUAGCACAUCAUGUGUUCAGGAUUUGUGUAUAUAUAAAAACUUUAAGCAUGGUGGGAGAACUCAUUUUUAUCAGUCUAAACAGCUAUGUAAGAUGCUCCUAAUCUUCAAUGGCUUAUCACUUGAUUGUUAAAUCUGGCUAGGAAAAAUCCUAGGUUUUUGCACUCAUUAAAUUUUGUAAGAAUUUAAUGAAUGACAAAAACAAAGCCUGAUUUACAAAGGUACCGAACAGCUGCAAAUUCCAUUAACAUCAGUUGAACUUGGUGUUAUUCAGCUCUUACAAAACUUAAGCCCCUAGUGUUUCCUAGUUUACAAUGCAAAAAUAGGUAUACCGGUACUUGAAUUUGUUUCUAAACCCAGGAUUCCUGAAAAAGCUUUUAUAAUUGUAUAAAAAUGUACAGUUUUAGAGGACAGUUGAAUGAAAGUGGGGAAAGGAAAAGCCAGUUAUAUUUGGUAUGUCCUUAAAAGAACUACUUACACCUUAUUUCCUAAUAUUUUAAAUAUUAAUAGGUUACUUUGAUAUCUGUACAACAGUUUUUGUAUACUUGUGCAGCUGUAAAAAAGUAAACAUGUAAUGUUAGUGAUUUAAAAAAAAUAAUUCAGGUUUCACCAAUGUAUUUUUAAAUGGCAGCAAUUUAAUCCUUGUAUUACCACAUCUUACUCUUGGUUAUUAAGCACAUGGAAGAUGCUAUCGAUAACUGUUACUAACCUUUUACAGAAUUUUGUCAGGUGCCUUUUGUAUUUUAAGGGGAGUACUCUUUCUCCAGCACAUUCAGAUAUAAAGUGACUUCUGACUAAUAGCCAGUUCUCAAUUCUAAAUUGUGGUAGAUGCAAAUUUGCAGCAACUGCUAGAUAUCAGGGACAUCUUCAACUUAUCAGUUGUGUGGUACAACCGCCAUUGAAAUGAAUGGGAGUAAUGCAGUCACAUCUGCAUCUAGGACUGUUCAAGUCCUAGAUUCUAGGUUUUUGCUAACGCUUAUUUCAUAAUAUUAUAUUUCAGAAUAGCUUUAGAUAUCAAACUUGCGUUCUGACAAAUGUUUAAAAGGAAACUUCAUUAUUCCUGAAGUAGUUAUUAAGAUAUUUGUGUAUAAAUAGCUCUUUUCAAGACUGUCUUCUUGCUGAUUCAGUCAGCAAUGCUUUAACCCAAUUGACAUCAUGGUUUUAUUUAAUUUUAAAAAUCCUUUAUACAAAUAUCUCUAACCAAUAGGGAUGGAAGGAAAAUAUUAUUGUGAAGGUUUUUUAUACGACUAUCUCUGUAGC